CCCAACAUCUCCCUGCACCCCAGUGGGCAGGUCGCCCUGGGGGGAGCCGUGACCAUCCGGUGUGAGUGUCGGUGUCGGGGAGCGAGGAUCUUUCUGAGUAAAGCUGGAGACCCGGACGCACGGCGCUCGAUGGACCCCAUGGGGGACGUGGCUGAGUUUCCCAUCCGCAGCAUGAGCCAGAGAGACGCAGGGAGCUACAGCUGCCAAUAUAGCACCAAGUGGGACCCGCCCAUCUGGUCGGAGCCCAGCGACCCCGUGGAGCUGGUGGUAUCAGAGCUCAAGUACCCCAAACCCUCCAUCUCCCUGCGCCCCAGCGGGGGGGUCGCCCUGGGGGGAGCCGUGACUGUCUGGUGUCGGGGUCGGCACCAGAAUGCGAGGUUCCUUCUGUACAAAGAUGGAAACCUGACCACACUGCAGGACAUGGAGACUACUGGGAACCUGGCUGAGUUUCCCAUUCGCAAUGUGAGCCAGAGAGACGCAGGGAGCUACAGCUGCUAUUACUACCAGAAAUGGUACACGUUCAUCUUGUCGCAUCCCAGUGACCCCGUGGAGCUGGUGGUAGCAGAGCCCAAACCCAACAUCACCCUGCACCCCAGCAGGCAGGUGAUCCUGGGGGGAGCCGUGACCAUCCAGUGUGAGUGUCGGUGUCCGGGAGCAAGAGUCUUGGUGCAUAAAGCUGGAGUCCCGGACGCAUGGCGUGCAAUGGAUUCCACAGGGGAUGUGGCUGAGUUUCCCAUCCGCAACGUGAGCUGGGGAGACACAGGGAGCUACAGCUGCCGAUAUCGCACCAAGUGGGACCCGCCCGUCUGGUCAGAGCCCAGUGACCCCGUGGAGCUGGUGGUAGCAGAGGGAACCGACCCAGCUGGGCCACAGCAGACGGAUCCCCCCCCGACGGAGCCAGAGGGAGAAGGGGGAACCAACUCGACUCAGCUGGGAACGGCGCUGGCUACCACCCACCCAGGCAGCGCAGGGCCAGGGGCAUCGGAACCAAGCCCAGCACCGGGUCUGACCCGCAACAUCAUCACCGGGGGGAGCGCAGCGGCCGCCGGCCUCCUCCUCCUCCUCCUCCUCCUGCCCUUCCUCUGCUACAGACGAACCCGAGGAAAGAAAGGACGAGCCCCGAGACAGAGCAGGUGAGACCCCAGCUCCGCCCCCCCAUCCCCGAUCUACCUGCCCCAGGACACAGGACUCCUGGGUU